AUGGACACUGGGGAAAAUCACUCCAGCCCAACAACAUUCAUCCUCCUGGGAUUUGGGAAUCUUCUUGAACUACGAAUUUCCUUCUUUGUGCUGUUUCUCACCAUCUACACUUUGUCUAUUGUUGGAAAUCUUCUAAUUAUUUUAUUAAUUGCAGUAGACCAACACCUUCACACUCCCAUGUAUUUCUUCCUGAUGAACUUGUCCGUCUUGGAGACCUGCUACACAUCCACCAUUUUACCCAGGAUGCUGACUAGUUUCCUAACUGGCAACCGAUCCAUACCCAUUUUGGCCUGUGUCAUGCAAUGGUUUUUCUUUGCUGUCUUCUCAUCCACAGAAUGUUACCUUCUGUCAAUGAUGUCUUAUGAUCGGUAUCUGGCAAUCUGCAAACCUCUUCACUACACAUCCCUUAUGAACAGCAGACUCUGCCUGCAAUUAGCUGCCACUUCUUGGAUAAGUGGCUUAUUGACCAGCACCAUAUUAACUUGCCUUAUGUUACAACUGACCUUCUGUGGACCCCAUGAAAUUGACCACUUCUUUUGCGACAUAUAUCCAGUCUUGAACCUUGCCUGUAGCAAUCUUUAUGUUGUGAAGCAUGCUGCUUUUGUCCUAGCGUUCCUAGCUACAGUACCCCCUUUCACAAUAACUGUGGUCUCCUACAUCUGCAUUAUUCUCACUAUAUUGAGAAUUCCAUCUAAAAGCUCACAGCAGAAAGCCUUCUCUACCUGCUCAUCCCACCUCAUCGUUGUGAUACUAUUCUUUGUCUCCUUAUUCAUAGUCUACGUAAUCCCUGAAACAGACACCCUGAAGGACCUACAUAAAACCUUCUCUCUCUUCUACACAGUUCUGACUCCUGUGCUCAACCCUCUCAUAUACAGCUUGAGAAACCGAGAGGUGAAGGAAGCUCUUUACAGAUUUGCCAGGAAAUUCAGCAAUAAAGUUACUUAG